AUGAACGAUUAUAUUUUAAAUUUUGGAGAAAUCAAUCAAAAAUUUGUUGAAUGGUUUUGUAGCAAUGGAGGAAAGAUAUCACCAAAAAUUGCUUUCAAAGACUAUUCUUCAGAAAAUUCAGGUCGAGGAGUUGUUGCAGUUGACGAUAUACAGCCAUUUGAAGUGUUGUUCAGUAUUCCACAUUCUAUAAUUCUCUCUGAAAAAACGUCAUCGUUAAAAGAUUUAAUACCAAGUGAUGAAUUUGAAAAGCUUGGUAAAAUAAAUUCAUGGUUUCCACUCAUAUUGUGUAUGAUGUACGAAAGUCAAAAGGAAGAUUCUUUAUGGAAACCUUAUUUUGAUAUUUUACCUCGAGAAUUUGAUACUCCAAUGUUUUGGAAUGAAGAACAACUUGCAGAAUUAGAAGGAACAAGCGUCAUUGAUAAAAUUGGAAGAGUUGAGGCGGAAAUCCAAUUUAAUGAACACUUAUUACCAAUAAUUCAGUAUAAUACUUAUGGGGAAUUGUGUUCUGCAGAUUUAUUACGCAAGUAUGGAUUUGUUGAUGAGAAUAAUAUACAUGAUAUAGUGGAAUUAAAUGGACAAUUUGUGGUUGACACACUAUCUAUCGACGAGGAUACAAAGGACAAAAAGGCAUUUAAACUUAAUAUCGAGAUGCUGCUGGAAGAAGAUAUUCUUAAUGAUAUACUUAUUUUGGAUACUACAAAGGAAAUACCACCUGAGCUAAUCAUAAUAGCCAAAAUCAUGACAAUGGAUAAGGCCCAAUUUAAGAAGUUUCGAAAAACGAAUAAUUUUCCUGAACCUAAAAUGAACCUUGAUAUCAAAACACGAUUAAUUCAGCUAUUUGAAAAACGAUUAUCAAUGUACAAAACCUCAAUUAAGGAAGAUGAUGAAAUUUUGAAAUCAAAUAAUAUUUCGUUGAAAUUAAAAUAUACUAUUAUUAUGAGAUUAAGUGAAAAACGAAUAUUACAUGGUUUAUUAGAUAAUCUUAAUAAUUGGAACGAUGAUGAAAAAAAAGAAGAAAUUCAGAGAAAAAAAAGAAAAAUAAAAUAA